AUGACAAAAGAAGAGGAAUCAGUACUUAAAAAAAUUUCCAGGAUGAGCACCACAGCACAUAGAACUCCCAAAUCGGGUAGGCAGUCAUUGUUUUUCCAAGAUAUAACUUCGCCAGUCUCAGCCCGGAGAGGAAAAAUUUCGACUCCAGGCCAGGCAGCUGCAGUCUCUGCUCUAUGGCGUGAGAGUGGUGGGGGAUCAGAUCUUCCACCUCCUCCGCUUUACACAUUGGAAGACCGCUCAGACUUUUCCCCUGAAUCUGGAAUUCCAGAUUACCCUGUAUCCCCGGAAAUAAAAUCAGAUCCUAGAACUCCGGUCCACAGUUUCGGACGUGAUUCCUUGACUCCAGUAAAAAACAGAUCAGAAGCAAGCACUUCUUAUGCUCUAUCAAGUGGACAGCAUGGCCAACAGGGUUCAGCGAGUAUGAAUUGGUGGUCAUCCCCAAAGAGUGGUGGUGAGCAAGAUGAGAAGGGAAGGAAUUCACCAGUUGAGGGUGUUGUUCAGCCUGGUGCUCUGAUCACUCUUCCACCUCCAAGGGAAGUUGCAAGGCCAGAGAUGCAAAGGAAUACCUUGCCUGCAGGGAACCUCAACGAGGAAGAAUGGGUUACUGUCUAUGGAUUUUCUCCAGGUGAUACGAAUUUAGUUUUACGAGAGUUUGAAAAAUGUGGCAUGAUUUUGAAACAUGUUCCUGGUCCAAGAGAUGCCAACUGGAUGCACAUCUUAUAUCAGAAUUACUUUGAUGCUCAGAAGGCUCUCAGCAAGAACGGGAUGCAGAUUAAUGGGGCGCUAAUUAUAGGUGUGAAGCCACUGGAUCCAAUGCAACGCCAUGCAUUAAAUGAAAGGAUCAACAAUCAGGGUUUCAUGACAUUGCCCCCCCAACCAGCCAUGAAACAUGCAGAACUGAAUGCUUCAAGAGCCCCCCCUCGUUCUUACUAUCUUCAAAAUGGUAGUACCAGUGCGCGACAAUCCGGUGGUUCAAUUGCUUCCCCAACAAAGUCAAUGGUGUCCAAAGUCAUGGAUUUAAUGUUUGGAGUUUAG